GAAGUUUCGCUACCAUUCUCAGUCGACGUCGACGUCGCCGCUUGAAUUUUCAUUACGCUGAAAAAACGUGUCGGUCGCGCUAGAUAAAUUGAAGCGUUUAUAUAUUGUAUAAAUAAGCAUAAAGCUUAUAUAUAUAAAUAAUUGCAAAAAAUUUGCUAAAAUAACAAAGAAGCCGCCCCUUAUAAAAAAGAAAGAAACAACAACAACCUAACUAGGCAACAAAGUCUAACCAAAUAAAUUGUUCAACUAAAUCAAUCAACUAAACGAAUCGGCAGUCGAAAACUAGAAGAAAGAAAAAUGUCUGUGAUUGGCAUCGAUUUCGGUAAUGAGGGCUGCUACGUUGCGGCAGCCAGGUCCGGUGGCAUCGAGACCCUGGCCAAUGACUACAGUCUGCGUGCGACACCCUCUUUUGUGGCCUUCGAUGGAAAGAAGCGCAUCAUUGGCGUUGCCGCCAAAAACCAACAGGUGACAAACAUGAACAACACAGUUGGCGGCUUUAAGCGUUUACUUGGCCGCAAAUUCAACGAUCCACAUGUACAACACGAACUCAAGAGCAUUCCAGGACGCGUUGAGGCGCGUAGUGAUGGCAGCAUUGGCUACAAAGUCAACUAUUUGGGUGAGGAUCAGUAUUUCUCGCCGGAGCAACUGACUGCCAUGCUGUUCACCAAAUUGAAGGAAACCUCGGCGGCGGCCAUGCAAACGCAGGUCAAUGACUGUGUCAUCGCCUGUCCCGUAUUCUUUACCAACGCCGAGCGUCGUGCACUUCUCGAUGCCGCACAGAUCGCCGGCCUCAAUGUGCUGCGCCUGAUGAAUGAGACAACAGCUACGGCUCUGGCAUAUGGCUUCUAUAAGAACGAUCUGUUUGAGGAUAAGCCGCGUAAUGUUAUCUUUGUUGAUUUUGGCAACUCGGCGCUGCAGGUCAGCGCCUGUGUAUUUACCAAGGGCAAGCUGAAGAUGCUCGCCAGCAGCUGGGAUCAGAUUGGUGGACGUGACUUUGAUCUGGCAUUGGCUGAACACUUUAGCAAGGAGUUCCUCGAACGCUACAAGAUCAAUGCCAAAACCAAUGCACGCGCCAAUGUGCGUCUGCUGACCGAAAUUGAGAAACUCAAGAAGCAGAUGUCCGCCAAUAGCACCAAACUGCCACUAAACAUUGAAUGCUUCUUGGAUGACGUGGAUGUUAGCUCAUCCAUGCAACGUUCCCAAAUGGAAGAGCUUGUCGCUCCUGUUCUAGAGCGGGUGGAGAAAACCUUUAGGAAGCUAUUGGCUGAAUCUAAACUAUCUAUAGAUGAUAUCCACUCGGUGGAAAUUGUGGGCGGCAGCACUCGUAUACCAUCCAUCAAGCAGCUCAUCGAGCAGGUGUUCAACAAGCCGGCCAGCACCACACUUAACCAGGAUGAGGCUGUAUCACGUGGCGCGGCUCUUCAAUGCGCCAUUAUGUCGCCGGCUGUGCGCGUCCGUGAAUUUGGAGUGACUGAUAUUCAAAACUAUGCGGUCAAAGUACUUUGGGAUACCGAAGGUGCAUCAAACAAUGCUGAAGUUGAAAUUUUCCCACAAUUCCAUCCGGCGCCGUUCAGCCGUUUGGUAACCAUUGCUCGCAAGAGUCCAUUCAAUGCAUCCAUUGUGUAUGGCCAACAAGUGCCGUAUCCGGAUCAAACCAUUGGCGUUUGGAAAAUCAAGGAUGUCAAGCCAACGGAACGUGGCGAAUGUCAGGAGGUUAAACUGAAGGUGCGCAUCAAUCAAAAUGGCAUCGUUCUGAUUUCAUCGGCCACACUUGUUGAUCGCAAGGAACUGGAAGAGGCUACCGCCGCCGCCGCCGCUGGAGAGCAAGCUGCUGCCGAGGAGAAGGCCGCCGGCGAGCAGCCGGCUGCCAACUCUGGCGAGCAAGCGGAUGCUCAGCAGGAGGCAUAUUGUGAGAAUGAGGAUGAUAAUUAUACAUCAACAGCCACAUCACCUGGCGGACAAGGGUGGGCACAGCGGGUCAAGGGCUGGUUUGGUUCGGGCAAUGAUAAGGCAAAAAAGAAGACCAUCAAGGCCGUUGAACUGCCAAUGGAAGUGUCCACCCAUGGCUUUAAUUUAACCGAAUUGGGUAACUAUACACAAGAGGAGGCCAAGAUGAUUUCCAACGAUCAGAAGGAGACCGAACGCAUUGAUGCCAAGAAUGCCUUGGAAGAGUUUGUUUACGAUAUGCGCAACAAGCUGCAGGGUGGUGCACUUGAACGUUAUGUGGUUGAGUCAGAGCGCGAAUCGAUUGUCUCGCAGCUUAAUGAUCUCGAGAAUUGGCUGUAUGAGGAUGGCGAAGAUUGCGAUCGUGAGACUUACACCAAUCGGCUAUCGACGUUGCAGCAACAAACGGAUCCCAUUAAGCAUCGCUCUCAGGAUUACGAGCAGUGUCCGGCUGCAUUUGAUGAAUUGAAGAAUACUAUCGCUUAUGCCCGACAGGCCGUGGCUGAUUUCCGCAAGGGUGUGGCCAAGUACGAUCAUUUGACGGAAACCGAGUUUAUUAACAUUUCCGAAACUGCGGACAAGGCCCAAAAAUGGCUAGAUACCAAUUUGUCCAAGUUUACGCAAGCGCCUCGCACCGCCGACAGUCCAGUUCAGAUGUCCAGCGUGCGGCAGGAGGUGCACACCUUAAACGCCUGCGUUAAUUCGGUUAUUACACGUGCGAAACCGAAGCCAGCCGCCAAGACUACAACGACACCACCAAAGGAUGCUCCAAAUGCGGAGCAGAAUGGCGGUGAACCAAGUGCAACCGGUGACAAAAUGGAUGUGGACAACAAUGCACAGUCCGCCAACGAUCCUGCCAUGGAUGUGGAGUAAGCUUUGUGCCCCGAUUCAUCGUCGGCGGUAAUGGAUAUAUUUAAAUAUAUAUAUACAUAUAUAUAUGGUAUUGGCUAACGAUAAACAACAACAACAAGAACUACAACAAAUAGAAACAAACAACAAAAUUAACUUAACGUAUACAAAAAAAGAAAACAUGAAACAACAAUUUGUAUAUGCACUUUUGCUUAUUCAACGCAUCAGGAUCAGCAAACUGGCAAACUGUAAACAUAAGAUACAUGUGUAGGCGUAUAAAACAAACGAUUUGAUCAAGUGCAGCAGACGAAAGGCGGUAAUUGACACUUGGAGAGGCAGACAACAACAAGCUGCAUGAAUGCAACAAUUUAAAAAUAAUGAAAAAAAAAAAUAAAAAUAAACAAACAAAACAAUUUCUAAUCGACCAUUUUUGCGUAUAGUUGAAUAAUAACACAGCGACACUAAAUAAAUGGAAUUAAAAUAAUCAAAUAAAACAAAAAUGAUGAUUCCAAAAAAGCAA